AUGACGCCUCAGAAUGCGUUCUAUCGCCCUGCACGGUACACUAGUGCUGAUAACAAGCCAUCUACCGAGCUUUUAGCGGUCGCAGGUGACAUCAUCAGUGCGUUAUUGGGGAGCAUAGUGGUGCGCAGCAAUCUGAUAUCUCCAGCUCAACACGGAUUGCUCCCAAACAGCUCUUGCGUGACAAACAUGCUCGUGUUUAUGGACAGCUUAACCCAAGCCAAGGACGGAGGACUCAUAUCGGAUGCCAUAUUUUUCGGAUUCUCAAAAGCAUUUGAUAGGGUCCCACACGUCCCGCUGCUCCACAAACUCGAGUCUUACGGGAUUCAAGGGAAAAUCCUUCGCUGGAUCAAGGCGUUCCUAUCAGACAGAUCAUUCCGAGUGAGAAUAGGCUCGACCUAUUCCUCUCCAGCGCCGGUCUCCAUUGGAGUUCCUCAAGGCUCCGUCUUGGGACCACUCCUGUUUCUGAUCUACGUCAACGACCUCCCAGACGUUCUUGCGAGUCCAUGUUUACUUUUUGCGGACGACUUGAAAUCCUGGAGUUCCAAUGCCAGUGACCUCCAAAUGGAUGUAGACGCUGCCAAGCAGUGGUCGUUGGACUGGCACCUUCCUCUGAAUGAUGAAAAUGGAGACGCUGCCGCUAGGUCGCUCAAUACAAUACCCAUGCCGGCAUAUUCAGAUGCAGCGGACUCUUCACCAGAAGUGUACAACCGGAACUUGAAACAGCGAGAUGACAAUCCACAAAUCCCGGCUUCGGAUGACUACUCACUUCCGGGUAACUUUGUGGAUAUAUUCAGACACGUUCAUCCAACUCGCAAAGAUGGCUUCACAUGUUGGUCUGCUCGUACCGGUGCCAGAGAAACAAAUUAUGGCGUUCGGUUGGACUACAUUCUACUGGAUGAAGUUUUGGCCACCUGGUUUGAUCGUUGUACAUCGCACACAUUAUGCGCAGAUCACAUGACCAACAUCACAGGCUCGGAUCACUGCCCAACUUGGACUCAUUUACCUUUAUGUUUGGAUUUCAAUGGCCUAAACUAUCCUCUCCCGGCCCUGUGUUCUCGCAAAUGGCCCCAGUGUCAGGCCAAGCAGGUUGGACUCAAGGGGUUCCUGGUUGCAGGUCCACCAUCGACUGCCGACGAUAAUAAAUCUAGUGGACUGCCUUGCGAACAUGGUUCAUCCACCAAGAAUCGAAACGGCCAACCAAAAUUGAAGCAGAUGUGUCUUGGGAUAUCCCGCUCCGUAUCCUCAGACGUUGAUCAAUACCCACCUGCGCUUAGAAAAGAGCAGCGGCUUAGCGAUACUGAUCCGGUGGAGUCAGCCGAUAAUUUGGAAGCCAUCAGACUCCAGGAAAUAGUUGAACAAGCAGAUGCUAAAAAAGCCCAGCACUCAGCCGCAGCUUGGCAACGUCUUUUAAGCGGACCGAAAAAAGCUCCUCGAUGUCGGGGGCAUAACGAGCCGUGCGUCCUGCGUUCGGUGAAGCAGGCAUCGACAACCUCCGGGAGCAAACGUGGAAGAAGGUUUUGGGUGUGCGCCCGACCCCAAGGCUCCAAGGACAAUCCGGUCGCCCGUUGCAGUACGUUCAUCUGGGAUGAUCAAUAUAUGGUCAUUGAACUGUUAUCAAGAAGAGCGAAACCGGUUGUGGGCUGUCGAAGAAUUUUCAGCAACCUUAAGAGUAGUGUAUUACGUCCAUACAUGUAUCGCGAUAUCUCGAAUAUCGUCGCAACUUGUUGA